CAUUGUUCAAGAGUUAUCCCCUCGUAAAGGUCGCAACAUGGCGGUUAUGUGGGUUAAACUGGCCACAUGAAAGAUAGGAUUUAGAGAGUCGCUCUUUUCUUCCUUAAAUUGUGUCUUAUUAUUUUUGUAUUACAUCAAUUGCUUUUUUCUUUCUGGAUUACAAUGGAAGAAGACGACAAUCCUUAUGAAACGUUAGGCUCUUCAACAUCUAUGACUACACAUAUGCUUGCCGGUGCUGCAGCUGGGGUCAUGGAACAUUCAGUAAUGUAUCCCAUAGACUGUGUUAAGACUAGAAUGCAGUGUUUAGUGCCAGACCCAAAGGCAGACUAUAGAAGCGUGAUGGAUGCCCUCAAUAAGAUUGUCCGGCAUGAGGGGAUCAGAAACACUGUUCGAGGUUUUAGCGCCAUGGCACUAGGGGCGGGCCCUGCUCAUGCUUUGUACUUUGCUUGUUAUGAAAAAAUCAAACAUGUCGUCAGUGGUGGAAAACAAGGCAACCAUUUGGCAAAUGGUUUAGCAGGUUGCACUGCUACUUUGCUUCAUGAUGCCAUCAUGAAUCCUGCAGAUGUGGUGAAACAACGUAUGCAGAUCUAUAACAGUCCUUAUCAGUCAACAUACUCUUGUUUUCGAGAUAUCUUAAAGACUGAAGGUGUCGGAGCCUUUUACAGGAGUUACACAACUCAGCUUACCAUGAACAUACCUUUCCAGGCGAUGCAGUUCGUAACUUAUGAAGCCAUGCAGGAUAUACUUAACAAAGAACGUCAGUAUGAUCCCAAAUCGCACAUAGUUGCCGGUGCUCUAGCCGGGGCCAUAGCUGCCGGUGCCACUAUGCCUUUGGAUGUGUGCAAGACAUUGCUGAAUACACAGGAGCACUGUGCUAGAAAUCACUUGACUUACAUCAAUGGCAUGGCAUCUGCUUUCAGGACUAUUUAUGAAUUUUGUGGUAUAUCUGGAUUCUUUCGUGGACUCACAGCCAGGGUGAUCUAUCAGAUGCCGUCUACGGCUAUCUCUUGGUCAGUUUAUGAAUUUUUCAAGUAUAUUAUUCACAAGCAAAAACAACAGCAAUCAAUAGAUGAAAGAUACCUGGGAGCUUCCGUUCAGCUAGCUGCAGCCACGGCCAGGUGAAUUUAGAUUUUAAAAAAUUAGGAGCAUUGCAUCCCAAAGAUAACAGGAAGAAAUCAUCACGAGUCCAACAUCACAGUGUUCUCUUUUGUUGCUGUUUACAUCUAGAGAAUGUCCAGAGUUCAUUGUUGUUUUACAAAGAUCUCAUUCAAGUGUUUGACUAAUUAUUUUUUUUUUAGGCUACGGUAAAUCAACAAACAAAAAAAAAAAACAUUUUGAGAAAGUACACAUUUAAAAAGGUCAGUUUCUGCCCAAACAAAGAAACAAUGUAGAAAUGUACAUAUGGGGAAAAAAAAAAGAAUUGAAACACUAAGACGAAAAAACAAGAGAUUUUUGUUGUUGAAUAUAAGUGAUAAGAAGUUAAAUUUAGGACUUAAACAAAAAUAUUUGGUUCUAAAAAAACGAAAUGCAGCUUAUUAUCAAACUGUGUUCGGCUAAUAUACUGAAGAGGUUUCAUCUAUACUUUUUUUUUUAUUUAUACUCAGUCAUUUUACAAAAUGAUUUUUUUUUUAUAGGCAUGCAUCAUUAAUAAAUAAUUGCAUUUCUAGUGUCUUCAUGCUAGGAAAAUAUUAUGACAAUAGUAAAGUUGCGAGUGUCACAACAGUUGUUUGCUUGACAGAAAACAUGUCUGAAAGUUGUCUUCAGUACACAAUUAUUGUAUAGAAAAGUGUUAAUGUGGGCAAAGUGUAACAUUAUUAAAUUUUAUGCUGAUAUCGCAUGCUAAUUUGAAAUUAGAGUCAAGCUUAUGCGACAUGUAUACGUAUAUAUAUGUAUGUAUUAUGCGACAUGAAUACUUGGAAUUUUGAAAAUCAAAAUAUAUACACAGGUCACAGUUUGGAAAAUGGACACAAAUGUUUGCAGUUGGUCCUGAUGAUUGAAGGGAACGGUGUGUGCUUAGCAGAGUACUAUUAGUAGUAGAUGAGAACUUUUUAUUUUGUGUCUAAAGAUAUGAGUGGAGCUCAGUGUUCCUUUAUGCUCCACCUUCCCAGAAGUAUUUUGUCUUAGAUUAUUGUAUUAGAAGUAUGGUCCUCACCCAGCACUUUGAUUGUUCCAUUUAAAAGUUAUAAAGUAUUUUGUGACAUGUUCCAUCUAUAAGGUAUAUAGCAACAGUAGAUAUUUUGUGACAUGUUAAAAAAAAUACAUUGAAUUCUUUAUUUCAAUAAGUGUAAAACCAGCUACAUUUAUUUGUGUGUGUGUACAAGUUCAGUACAAGUGUAGGUGGGAAGAAUUAGCCUGUAAAAUAAAGUAACACCCCCCCCCCCCUUUUUUUUUUUUAAAAAGAUAAUUUAGGUAACAGUAAAUUAUGUUUUAUUGAUUUGUUCAGAUAAAAAUGUGUAACUUAAAACUGGUUAAUGAAAGUCUGAUGGUAAUAUGUUGAACUUGUUAUAAGCAAUAGUUUUCAUCCUUGACUUGUGUAGUAUUCAGAUUGAGGGCUACUAUCAAUACUGUUGGGACUCUACAAAUGUUGUGAGUUGUUUAAGAAGACCACAUUAAUAUUACGUGUGAACAAGAGAUGAAACAAAAAAGUGAGAUCUGAAUUUUGUUGUGUUCUGAUGCCAACGAAAGUUUGUCCAACAAAGUGUGAAAUAUGCAGCAGAUUCAGUGUAGAGUAGUAGAAAGUGUCUGGGUUUGAUAAGUUUGUAUCUGUGGCUAUAAUGCUAGAGUGUAUGAUAACUAUCAGCGGCUAUAUUGCUAGCAUGUAUGGUAAGCAACUCUGUGGCUAUAUUGUUACAGUGUAAGAUAAGUACCUGUAUAUCUGUGGCUUUAUAGCUAGUGUGUAUGAUAAGUACCAGUAUAUCUGUGGCUUUAUAGCUAAUGUGUAUGAGAAUUGUAUCAGUGACUAUUUUGCUAGUAUAUGAUAAGCAUAUAUAUGUGUGUCCAUAUUGCUUGAGUGUAUGAUCAGUGUAUCUUUGGCUAUAUUGCUAGAGUAUAUGAAUGUAUCAUUGUAUAGGUCAGUGAAGGUCCUAGACAUACAAUGUAUGUUUAUAAUUAAAAGUUGAUAAACUAUAUUUUUGUUGAUAUGGGCGGAGAUUUAUUCCUCUCAUUGUUGUAAGGGUUUUGUGGGGUAGGUAUAUGGGGAAGGGAAUGGUUGCAAAAUAUUUGACUUUGGGCUAUUACAAACAACAUCUAUAUCUAUUUCCAUGCAAUAAACUAUUUCAAUGAAUGAAACAAUUAGGUCCACUUGUAUCACUGAUAGUGGACUAGGUGUGUAAUGGUUCCUAAAAUUCAAGUUUCUCCAAUUUAAUGAAUGUGUAAAGUUGCCUUUUGAUACAAACAAGAUUUGUUGAAUUCAAUACACUGAUUGACAGUCAAUUAUUUUAUUUCAUGAACUAAAGUGUAUAUUUUUUAUUAUCCCAAAGUUCGUUUAAUAUAUUUUAUUUUAUUGAAUGGAUAAUUUACAAUCCAAACAUUUGAUAUUUUAGUGGGAACUUCUAAUCUGCUAGCACUGUGUAGGGUCUUUUUAGAUUGAUCAUUCAGAGAGUCACACAAAUCAAGUUUUAUGAGUUCCAAGUUAACAUCUUAACAACACAGCCGCGUCUAGUGCACUGUAUCAGCACUUGAAAGUCUGGCCUAGGCUUUAACAUCGUUGAAUUUUUGUCUUGUCUUGCUGCCACUCUUGGAUUGCUAAGAACACCGGAGAUGAUCCAGUUAUGGCCUUGACAUUGCUUUUUCUUUUGUUUUUAUUUGUGCAUGUACCUGAAUUUUAAUUUGUGUAUCAACUUGUCAAAUGGAGAACAUUUACAAGUUUUUGUACAUUGGUUCUUAGGCUUUUUUUUUGUGUUUUGGUCUCAGUAUGGUUCAUUCUUUUGGCACUUUUAGAAAAAUUUUGAAGAAUAUCCCGAAGUAAUAUAAGGUACCAUAUUGCAAAACUUGUUACUAUUUUAUGUUACAGGUCAAAAAUCAAAACUUGACAUUUAGCCAUAUUGAGCCAAGCAAUUUUAUUUUUCCCAACUGAUUCAUUCAGUUAUUACCAUUAUAUAUUUUUAAGAAUUUUAUUUAAAUUUAUAAAACCAAAUCCCAAACCAAGGAAAGCCCUUGUGAGAUGUAGAACAUCUUCAGGUCCGUGUACAUUUUGUGAUGGUUUGGUGAUGUUAUAAGCAGAGCUCUCCUCUAGUAGUGUACUGAUAAUCACUUUUGUGAACUUUGUAGCAUUAGUUCUGUAAUGACUUUCUCUGUCUGUGCAUUUGUAUUCUCAGUAUGGAGGGAACAUGGUGGCUGAAGGAUCAAGUGCAUGGCUUUUGUUUGAGGGAUUAUAUUAUGGUAAAUUUAAAUUGGAGAUAUAUGAACAUCCUCACCUUUUUAGUCUGACAUUUAGAACAAAAAAAAAGGGGUGCGGUGUAAAUAGUAUUUUAAAGAGGGGGAAAAAAAGGCUCUGCUUUCAAUUUCAAUCCUUUUUGAACUUGACAGGUGCAAGGAUGGGUAUUUAAAGAUUUACAUCUUUGUAGUUUUGAAAUUGUGAAUAUUAAAAGUCAAAGUAUGAACACAAAAUACUAACUUGAACCAGCCCAUGCACAGACCAGAUGGAAGACAUAACAUUGCAUGAUUUUUCAAAUUUUUGGUGAAAUGUUUUUUUGUUGACCUAUUUUCUUUGACUUUGUAAGUGACUUGGUGAGACAUGUCAGGUUCUUAAAGGCCUACAGUCAGUUGUAAAGAAAACCUUUAGUGUUUUUUUUUUUCCUUAAAUUAAUGCAAAUUAGCAUUUCCCACUAUCAGGAUUACAUAUUUUAUUACAAAUAUUCUUUUUAUUUUGUAAGACAACUUGUCAGACCUACAAAUGUUUACAAGUUAUGUACAUAGUCAUUAUUGGCAAACUAUUUUUGCAUGGGUUUAAUACUCUUCUUUUGGUUCUGCUAGAUACUGUUAAUGUUGGUAUUUGUUGACGAAAUUUAACCCAGAAUAAACCCAAAUAUUUUUAUUGAGAAACCCAUCCAGAAGCACCCACCAACAAUGUAUGUUAUUGGAUUUGAAGAAGUCCAGUUUCAAAAACAAAAACUAUUUUGUUAUAACAUUGUCAUCUUGUUGAAUUACACAAAAAAUUUUUUGCUGCUCAUUGAUUUUUAUUUUCUUUUUAAAUUGUUAGGAUGUUAAGGCACUACUAGACCUAACUGCCAAGUAGGAUUAAAAUAUCCUGUAGGCCUAUUAACAAUUCAUUUACUAGACAGGAUUAUGAUGUCCUGUAGGUCUAUCAUUCCAACAGCUGCAAGUCUUUUGAGUAGAAGAACAAUUAAUUUACUUAAAAAAAAAAAUCAAUGACCAGCCUGACCUAUGUAAAAAGACACUAACUCCUACAAAAGUUUUGACAAGGUUUCAUGUUAGAUUGAGGAGGUUUACAUGGAAUCUCUGAACUUUGGAAUGUGAUAUUUUAUCUUGAAUAAAUUGUUUCAGUUCUCUC